UUGACCCGCCGCCCCGUACCCACAAAAGGAGGACUACAGAUUUCUUUUAGCACAAAUGCUUUCAGCCACAGGACCAUGUAACUAGUAACAACCCCUAGGCUGGCUUAUGACCCCACGCCGUGUUGUGUCGAACAACUGAUAUCUCGAGUACAAUAAGCAAGGGAACGACACGAAGGCUUGUGUGUACGCUUCCUACACACGACUGUAAACAAGGCACGCUCACAAGACGAAAGUGUGUCAGCAUCGGGUGGAUGGGAUGACGUCUCUUCUGUCAAGAUGUCUGCUGACCCGAAAGGCGGUUGUAACCAAGAGCAAUGUAGAUGCUGUCUGUCUAAGGCUGUCAAGCACAGCGCCCAUGCCGACAGAGACGCGGAACCCGUCCACGGUAAACGCGAGACCCUUCAAGGAAAUGCCCGGCCCCGCGGGACUGUAUUCUCUUCCCGUUCUCGGACCCCUUCUCCAGUUUCAUCCUUUCACGGACUAUAAACUGGAGACAGCUCACAAGCUGUUCGACAGUCUGCACGAUCAACACGGCCGCACGUUCCGUGUGAUGCUGAACGGCUGGACGGUCGUCACUGCAGACCCUGUCGGGAUUGAAGACGUCUACCUGAACGAGGGACAACUACCCAGUCGACCCGACCUGACUGUCUACAUCCACUACUGUGAGAAAAACGAAAAGGAAAAGGGGAUGGGCGUAGUUAACGGCAUGGAUUGGCGACGUCUUCGGACAGCGCUGUCGCGACAGUUGAUGCGCCCAGCCUCCCCCCACCAGUACCUGCCCCCCCAGAACGCCGUUGCCGACGACCUCAUCUACAGGAUGAAAACGCACACGUACAGCCCCGAGGAAUACAGGGAGGAACUCUUCAAGUUUGCAGCAGAGAGUAUUGCCGUGGUUGCCUUCAACAAACGAUUAGGUUUCCUGUCCGAUGACUUAAGCACCGUGUCGCCGGAAAAUGACGAAUACCUUCAACAAGUGAAAAAGUUCUUUUCCUGUUUGGGCAAGGAUGGCAGUAAUCCUCCGUUCUACAAGAUAUUCCCUACUAAGUAUUACAGAGAUUUCGAGCAUGCCGCCAAUGUUGGCUACAGUUACGGCCGGAAGGAAGUGAAACUUGCUCUGAAAACGAUGGAGGCACAGAAAAAGGAAGGAACAUUUGACCCGGAGGCUCCGAAUCUAAUACUCACUCUUCUGUCUAACCCGAAGAUAUCCAUGGGAGACAUCACCGCUCUGCUACAAGACAUACUAGUGGCAGGGACAGACUCGACUGCCAAGAACAUGGAAUGUUUCCUCUUCCAUCUGGGCUGCAACAGAGACGUCCAGAGACGCUUAUAUGAAGAGGUCGUAGAGGUCGUUGGACAUGCGCAGUCUGGACGUCCGCUCGAGGCAGGGCAGAUGGAAACAAUGCCCUAUUACAGGGCCUGCCAGACAGAAUCGUUUCGAAAGCUGUAUCCUGUCAUGCUCGGUUCGCCAAGGAUCAUGCCCCGUGAUUCCGUCAUUGCAGGAUUCCACGUGCCGAAAGGGACCUGUGUGUUAUGCAACAACCGGAGAUUGAUGAUGGAUGAGGAGUAUUUCCAGGACCCAGCACGCUAUGAUCCAGACCGGUGGAGGAGGGAUGAACACCGGAAAUACAUUAGUAAUAUUCCUAAAUUUGCCAACUUGCCAUUUGGCUUCGGUGUACGCAAUUGCCUGGGCCGGAGAUUCGCUUUGCAGGAGAUUUGGCUGGGAGUGGUGAAGAUCAUCCAAAACUUCGAAGUCAUCGUUGAAGACGAAGAUGCGGGGACGGACAUUGAGUACCACACUUUUAUUCAACCGGCCAAACCUAUCCGGUUCAAUUUCAAACCGAGAUAGACUAGAAAAUGAUUCAUCGGAAACCGUUUGGGAGAUCAAAGAAUACCCAAACGGAAAAACAGUGUUGCACAACGCGAAUAAUCACAUGUGUGGGUAAGACACGAGACACGAGCACUUAUUACGCAACGAAUGACGACUAUUAUUUCACUUCGCUAGAGUUCACAGAGUUUCGUCCCUUUGAAGUACCAAGAUCCGCCGAUAGUUGGUUUCGAAUUCGGCCUGAUAGUGACCCUUCCUUUUGUCCCAUAUAUCGUGCUCAUGGGUUUUUCCAAGGCCACAAACAUCUACGACUUAUUGCCUUCCUCUCACAUUACGCUGACGCAUCGUGUUAUUCCCGAACGAUUGUUCAAAAUGGCGUUGAACCGAACUCAACACUCAUGCACUGCUUGACACUAGGAAUGUAUCCCUAGUUAUAUGAGUACUGCAUCCUUUGUAUAAGCAUCUUGUUAUGUAGGCGUCUCCAGUAAAUGACCUUGGAACGUGUACAUUGUCCUGUGAAUGGAAAUCUUAAAGCACCCUGGUCGACAUUGCUACCAUCCAUUAGAACGUUUUUGGCUACGAAUGUAUAUUUUAAUCACCAUUUUAUUACAGCUGUCACAUGCGCUUUUAGCGGAACUUGCGCUUUUAGCGGAAAAUAGUAGUAAAAAUAUUACUGCUCGAUUGCCAUUGCAAUCGAUUUUCGUCAUCGAAUUUUGUUAGUUUGUUCCUUUUAUGUAAAUAUCAGAAAUAGUAACAGGAAUGUUUGGAACAGGUUUCAUGCUUGAUCAAUAUGACGUGUUUAUUUUAAAGAAAUGUUAAAGGUUGUCAGGUGAAAUCUGCGGAUUAUUUAAAUAAAUUUACAUCUCAAACGCAGCGUCGUCUUUUCGUGAUUUGUCAACUGUCAUCUUCAUAAU